AUGGGACCUCCCCCUGAUGCUGAUAUCCACCCAACUGCAACCGGUCGAGCGAAGGAGGUUGUUGACAAGCACUCCAAAGAGCAGCCACUCAAGCUGUACUCAGGCUGGUUUUGCCCGUACGUUUCAAUCCAGCGGGUAUGGAUCGUCCUCGAAGAGAAAAAGAUCCCAUAUCAAUAUAUUGAAGUGAAUCCUUAUAAAAAACCGGACUCUCUUCUUGCCCUUAAUCCACGGGGCUUAGUACCAACGCUUGCCUGUCCAACUAUCCAGCCAGAUGGAUCGACUGCCAUUAAACCAUUAUAUGAAUCCACCGUGAUCAAUGAAUAUCUUGAAGAUGCAUUCCCCAAUCCGGAACGGCCAUUGCACCCGGCAGAUCCAUACCAAAAGGCAAGGGGGCGUAUCUGGAUCGACCAUGUGACCUCGCGAAUCACCCCUUCUUUUUACCGUUUUCUUCAAUACCAGGGUGAAGAGGAGGGGUUGAACAAAGCCCGAGAAGAGUUCCUAGGCCAUUUAAAGGAUUUCAUCCUGGAAAUGGAUGAGAUUGGUCCUUUCUUUCACGGAAGCAAUUUUAUGAUGCCGGAUAUAAUGCUCGCACCUUUGGCGAUUAGAUUCUGGGUUAUUGACCACUUCAAGAAAGGUGGGCUAGGCAUACCGGCUCCAGGCAAAGGAGGGAAUGAUGAAGUUGUUUGGAAUAGGUGGAGAAUGUGGUUGGCAGCAGUUGAGACAAGGGAAAGUGUGGCUUCGACUAUGAGUGAUAAGGAACACUCUAUGCCUAUUUAUAAACGCUAUGCAGAUGAUGUUGCUCAGAGUGAAUUGGCAAAAGCAACAAGGGCUGGAAAGGGGGUACCUUGA